AUGGAACGAAACUCUCUUGAGGAAAAUAUUUCCUCUCCAGAGGAGGUAAUAGCGAUUUUAAGUUUGUAUAUUCCUCAAGAUUGUCAGGUGAAAGAUAAACUGGUAUGGUUAAAAACUCCUUGUGGGAAUUUCACAACCAAAUCGUGUUAUAAGCUAUUGUCAGAUAAUAUGGCUACUACUUCUGCCAUCUCCUCUUUUCCGUGGAAAAAAUACUGGCACAGUAUGAAGAUUCAGCCGAAAAUUCACAUCUUUGUGUGGAAAGUUCUACACGAUGGUCUUGCUGUUUACGACAAUUUGCAGAAGUUCAACAAUCAGGUACAUAAUAUUUGUCCUUUAUGUAAAGCUGAUGAAGAAACUAUUUGCCAUCUUCUAUUUAACUGCCAGUUUGCCAGAGAAGUUUUUCAUUCCAUUCCAAUCUUCAUCAAUAUUCAAAAUGAUGGGAACUCGAUGGAAAUUAUCCAAAACUGGUUAUUACAACCUGAUAGGGGAAUUAUGUUAAAUCUCGGAGCAUGCAUUAUUUUGAACAUUUGGAAAGCUAGAAACGAGUAUGUCUUUAGUGAUAUUACAAUCUCAGUUCAAUUAUGUAUGUCGAGAGCUCUACAAGAUUUUAAAGCUUUUGAUCUUCAUCAUGCUUUGAAUUUUUGUGCUGAUAUUAACAUAAAUACAUCCACAAAUGCCAUUUGGGAACGACCUCCUCCUCUUGUUGUUAAAGUCAAUGUAGAUGCGGCUUUCAAAGAUGGUAAAGGUGCAGCGGCGGCAGUUGCAAGAGUUACUUAUGGUAAUCAUAUUGGAAGUGGAUGUAUUUUCUUUAAUAUGUCUUCCUCUAUGAGUGUUGAAGCUAAAUCUUAUAGUUUUGGUCUUCAAUUGUCUCUUAGAUUACAAGUACCCAAGAUAAUUGUGGACGGUAAUGCUACUACUAUUCCGGCUGUUAUUAAAGGAAGUACUGAUGAUAUACCAUGA